CAAAUAUUAAUUGAUAAUCACACCCCACCCCACCCCCCAAAGUUUGUAGAAAUUCAAGAUCAGCAAGCACCUUCUCUCAACGUGUUUGCACAUCAUCUGGUGUUGGUCAACAUGAUCAAAAUGAUGUCGAAUCCUGCUGUGAUCAUUGACAAUGGAUCCGGGCUCUGCAAAUCUGGGAUAGUGGGUGACAGCAUCCCGACAUCAGUUAUUCCAUCCGUUGUGGGCUGCUCCAAAUCGACAAAGGGAUCACGCAAUGCCAAUCUAAAAGACUACUACGUUGGCAAGGCAGCCCAAGCCAGAAGAGAUGUCUUGUCUUUAAAGUAUCCGAUUGAGCGUGGCAUCGUGACUUCUUGGGAGGAGAUGGAGAUGAUCUGGAGAUACAUAUAUGGUUUUGAACUGCGUGUCAAGUCCAAAGAGAGGCCGAUCUUGCUGACUGCUGCCCCACUGACACCUUUCUUUAACAGAGAAAGGAUGGCCGAAAUAAUGUUUGAAGGUUUCUCAGUGCCAGCAAUGUUUGUUGCCAUCCCAGCCACGUUGGCACUUUACACCUCUGGCCGUACCCGAGGCAUAGUCUUGGAUAGCGGCUAUGGAAUAACGGAUGCUGUGCCCAUCUACGAAGGCUACUACCUUCCAGACGCUGUGCAAAGGCUGAACCUUGCAGGAAGCGACAUCACUGAAAACCUUUGGAGGCUCAUGUUGGAGAACGGGCACUCUCUUGCCGAGAAAAUGGAGACAGAAAUCGUCCAGGAAAUCAAGGAAAAGCUCUGCUAUGUCGCUCUCGAUCCCAAGCAGGAGAGCAAGAAGCCAGCUGAGGAACUCCAACAUGAGUAUCAGAUGCCAGACGGCACUCAGAUUGUGGUGAAAAACGAACUGUUUGGCGCCCCAGAGUUACUUUUUGCUCCCGAUAGUAUAGGAUUGAAGGAAAGCGGAAUCCACAAGCUGAUGUUGAGCAGCAUCUCCAGAUGUGAGCAGCAGCUGCAUAAAGAACUCCACAGUAACAUGCUGCUGAGUGGUGGUUCCACUCUCUUUUCAGGAAUGGAGGAACGUUUACUGAAAGAAAUCAAGCUGCACACACCCAGUGGGAUACAAGUGAAAAUCAUCGCCCCACCAGAAAGGAACUACUCUGUUUGGGUGGGAGCCUCAAUUUUAACAAGUUUAGCAUCCUUUAAACACAUGUGGAUCACUCUCAAUGAUUACAAUGACUUUGGGCCAUCUGUGGUGAACAAGAGAUGUUUUUAAAAGCUGUUUGUCCCAAAGUGUGACUAUUGAAAUCAAAUUUUAAAAGAAAAAUGUAUGCGAUCAAAUACUAGUUCAUAGCUCACGAUGUCUUGAAUUCUGGUCAAAUCAACAAAAGAUUUGGAAUUAAUAGUUCUUGAGGGUAAUUCUGGUUUUUGGUUGUAUUUCUUGGCAUGCUUUCUUUGUACAAAUGGGAACAGUCCUGUAUGAUGGACAAGAGAAAACUGAGGUUAAGAACUAUCUGUAUUAGAGUGGCUAACUUUUAAAAUGAACCUGUAAUCUCAUUUUCUUCAUUGUAACAUUGCAUGUAACCCUUUUC